GUUUAUACAACAAAUAAUGACACGUGCAUAUGUGUGUGUGUGUAUAUAUGUAUGUAAGACCAAGAUAACCAAUGGAUGACUUUGCUUUCCCCUCCUCUUGCCCUUUUUGUUUUAAACAGAUAUACUUUUCUCACUGUGCAAGAGCUAGAACAACAAUGGAUGAACUGUUUUCUACUCCAUGGCUUCACCUAGAGAGCUUUGAGGAAAUGAGGCUCGUGCUACAUAACACUCUGCUUGGACUGGAGGCACUCAGAAUCCAAGCCAAUGAACAGGCGAGAAUUCACCAAGAAGAAGUGACCCAUCUCCUCGAUCUUGUGAAACUCGCACAGCAAGAACGGGACGAAGCAAAACAGCACCUGGCUCAUCUCCUCAUCAGGAACCCUAAACCAAGCAUCACGGAUUCCAACAGCUUCUCUCAAUCCUCUUCUCCAUCGUCACCAGAACUCUCGAGCUUCGUCAAUCAGUAUCAGCCGUUGAUCCUCGAAGAUCCAGCGGCUCGGAUCGAUCCUUUGGACGAUCUUGUGGAGGGAAAGACCUUGCCGGAGACAGGUAAGCUUUUGAAGGCCGUGGUCGAAGCCGGGCCGCUGCUCGAAACGCUUAUCGUGGCGGGAACGCUGCCGCAGUGGACAAACCCUCCGCCGCCGCUGCAACCUCAGCGUUUUGCGGUACCUUCUGAACUCGACGCGUCGUGUUCUGCUUCCGUUUCGAGGAUUGGGUUCGGUUUGGUUCCGGUUAUCGAUAACCGUAUGCUUACGGGAAAGAGGCAAAGAUUAGAGUAGUGGGUAGUAGUGACUUGGACAAUCGUUUUUGUCCUGUUUCUUGAUGUAAUAUUGGUUAAACCGGUUCGAUUCUUUUUUCUAGGUGCCGGUUUAAUGCUCAAGAACUCGAUUUUAAAGAAAGAUGUCCAAGGAGACAUUCGUCACUUACAUUGAA